GAAAUGAGGGAGAGAGAAAACUAGCUCUAUUUUUAUUUCAAACUAUAAACAGUGGAAUGUGACACAGCAUGAGAAGGCUCAGGCUUCAAAGAUAACCAGAGAUUCCCCAUCUUAAAGCGCCUCACAGUGAACACCAAGCUCUGCUCAAGCACCGCUGGAGAAGGAAGGGUGGAAAGCAGCAUCUGCGGGCACACAGGCUGACACAGCACGGCCCACAGACACCAAAACCCAACGCCCACCGACCCAUUGCCCCCCCGGGCCACCCUCCCCUCUUGACGCUUCCCGCCUAAGCGGCCGCCAUUUUGUGGCGCGGCGCGGGAACUCCAUUUCCCGUGGAGCCCGGCGGCCCCGCGGCGCUGCGGGAAGGCGGCGGCGGGCGGCGCGGAGCAGGAACGGGGCCGGGGCUGAGGUUGAUCUCCUUAAACAGCACCAAAGGCAAAAGGAUGGAGGCAGAAAAUGUUGCCAAGAAAAGAGUCCUCAUUACUGGAGGAGGUGGCUAUUUUGGCUUCCGUUUAGGUUGUGCCAUAUACCAAAUGGGAGUUGAUGUAAUUCUCUUUGAUGUCACGAAGCCACUUCAACCAGUGCCAGAGGGAAUAAAGUUUAUGCGAGGGGAUGUCUGCUGUCUGUCUGAAGUGGAAGAGGCUCUUAAAGAUGUAAUCUGCGUAUUCCAUAUUGCUUCCUAUGGAAUGUCUGGCAGGGAGCAGCUGAACCGAAAACUUAUAGAAGAUGUUAACGUGAAGGGAACAGAAAAUGUCAUCCAAGCCUGCAAGAACACAGGAGUGUCAAGUCUGGUUUAUACAAGUACAUAUAAUGUGAUAUUUGGAGGCCAGAUUAUAGAAAAUGGGGAUGAAUCUCUGCCUUAUCUACCUCUUCACCUUCAUCCAGAUCACUACUCCCGGACGAAAUCUUUAGCUGAAAUGAAGGUGCUGAAGGCAAAUGGUGCUGAGCUUGGAAAUGGGAAAGGUAUAUUAAGGACUUGUGCUCUCCGACCAGCAGGCAUCUAUGGGCCAGGAGAGCAAAGACAUCUUCCAAGAAUAGUUAGUUACAUUGAAAGGGGACUAUUUAAAUUUGUAUAUGGAGAUCCUCUCAGUUUAGUAGAAUUUGUACAUGUAGAUAAUCUUGUUCAGGCUCACAUCCUUGCCUUUGAGGCCCUCAAAGCCACCAAAAAGCACAUAGCUGCAGGCCAAGCCUAUUUUAUUUCAGAUGGCAGGCCAGUAAAUAACUUUGAAUUUUUCCGACCGUUAGUAGAAGGGUUGGGUUAUAAGUUCCCAACCUGCCGCCUUCCUCUCUCGCUUGUCUAUUUUUUUGCAUUCCUUACUGAAGUAGUUCAUUUUCUUGUAGGUCAUGUUUAUAAUUUUCAGCCUCUCCUCACUCGCACAGAAGUUUACAAAACCGGUGUCACACAUUAUUUUAGCAUGGAGAAAGCCAGGAAAGAGCUGGGGUAUGAGCCUCAAAAAUACAGCCUGAAUGAAGUGGUUGAGUGGUUUAGAGCUCAGGGCUGUGGACCAAAGCCAAGAAAGUAUACCAUUAUGAAGCUUGUUAGGAAUGGAGGAUUGCUCGUGUUGUUGAUUGCCGUGGUGGCCGCAUGGUUUCCAUCUGCACUUACAUUUUCACACUGAAAAAUGAGACACUGAAUAUCAUGGAGUAUGGAAGACAGAAUUUAGUUAUGUUGAGUACUUAUUAAUUUUGACAGGUAUUUAAAAAAAACACACAUUUGUGCUAUUCAGGUUACAAGAUAUUUACAUUUCUAGCCGCAAGGAAGGGAACUGCUAAGUAAAAAAGAUGUAAUUUUUAUACAAAAUUCCUCUUCAAAGUGAAAUUAAUCAGAUCACUAACAAGACGAAGCUUAGUACUACUGCAAACAGCAUUUUAUUUUCUGGUACAAUGGUACACUUAGAUUGACCCUUCCUCCCCAACAAUGUUAUACUCUGCCCUUUUAUUCCUAAGAAGUUUCUGCUACAUGAUCCAGAGGAGAAUAAACUUACUCUUUGAUCACGUUCCAAAACCAAAUUCUGCUUUCCAGCUUGGAUGUAUAUAUGCCUGACCAAGAAUUUGCCUUAGUUGCUUGAUUAACUGUGUAAGUGGUAGACAAUAAAUGAAUGUUUUGGGGUUUGAUUUGCUUUUUUAAAAAAAUACAUUCUGAUGUACUUCUGUAAGUAAACUGAUACCUAAUGACACUUCUGGAAAAUGUUGAAUUGUUAAUAAAAUGACAGCAAAGUGCUUGAAGCAACACAGCUCUGUAGAUUUUUCAAACUACAAUAUGCCUGUUUAAAAUGAGUUAUCUAAAGUGCAUUCAUAAGAAACAGCUAUGAUUUUUCCCAGCAUUACUGAAUGGUUAAACAAAAAAAAAUUAUCUAAAGGACAUCGGGUAAGUGAUCACACUCAUGUUCCAUUGCUUAUAAAAUCUUUUUAGCCUUUAAUAAUAUUUCUUUAGCACCUGACAGCAUUUGAAGAAAACUUCACCUUUGAAGCAGGAUGAUAAACACACUACACAGUGAAAGUCAGGAUUUUGUGAAGUGAGUUUUAAGAAUAGAAAAUACUUUGCUAGAAACAGUAAUGGUCUGUACUUAACAACUCCCUCAUCUCUUUCAGUUUAACAAUAGGAAGAGAUGCUGAGAAACUUCACAUCAUAAUGUUAAAUCACAAAGUUGCGUUCCCUAAACUGAUAAGCAUUACAGUUUCUCAGUAUCUCUAGAUAAAAACACAGUCCUUCGAGAAGUUCACACUUCUUAGUCUUUCCAUUUUAAUAGCUGAAAGUACGCUAUCUUAAAUCAGUUUUAUGCAAGUUCCAGUAACUUCAGUUCUGGAUUUAAAUAGGGAAACAAAGAGGAAGAGUCUUCUAUUUCAUUGCUGAAAGACUCUCAAAAAAUAAAAAUGGCUAAAUAGAGAAACCAAGCUACAAGUACACAGCCAUCUGUGUUUUGAAGAUGGAGAUAUUUUCAGUUAACGUUGACCGAAGCCAUUCUUUGAAUGUUGAGUUUGUUUCCUCAGUUAAUUUUUUUAAUCAUUGAUAAUUAGAUGUUUAGUUUUACUUGAAAUGUGAUUUUUCCCCCCUUCAUUCCUUCACCACUGUGCAUACCAUAAAAGAAACUUAAUUUAAUAGUUAAUUUAAGGGACAACUGAAGACGACAAUGUUUCAGUGUUCUACCAUGCUGAUGGCAGAAGGGCCACUUACCAGACGCCGUUAAUAUACAUAAUCAUAGUUUGCAGAAAGAAGAAUCUCGCUUUACGAAAAGAUGGAAAAAUAAAGACAGUUGUGAUCUCAUGAAAGCAUUGGGCUGCUGUUCUCCUCCCAGCAGGCCCUGUUUUUCAAGUGGAAACCACCUGGUUUGUCUGUCCUCCAAGUACCCUGGUUUUGACAUAAUGUUAUCAGAAAUAGAUUAAGAGAUUUUAAUGCUAACAGAAGCAAUAGACAAAAGAAAAUGUACAAGAAAGUGCACAAGCCUGUUGCAUGGCAUGAAAUACCAAUGUGAUGGUUCUGAUUCUUGUAAAAAGCAGACCUUUUUAAGAUGUGGAACAGAACUCCUGUGUCCCAGAGGAAUUUCUUCUGCUAUUUGCAAUAGCUUGGGGAGGGGAGCGCGAACACAAAUACCAAAACUGAAGCAGCAAAUCCUCCUGCAGAAGCCGAGCAAAACACAUGAAGCUCUUCAUUUGUCUGGAGUCAAGGACAGAACUUCUCACUGAUAACAGAGUAAGAGGCAUUAUUGUGUCCUAACUGCCCAUGACUUAUGCGUGAGCACGGGGUACUAAAUCAGGCCUAGUUCAGAGAAACAAGCGGGAGCUUGGCAAUGGUUAUCCCAGACCAAAAAAAAAAAAAAAAAAAAAGGCAGAAUCCAGACUACAGAAGAGAUGAAGGAUACUCUUCUUCUUUUACUUUCCAAAAUGAAAAGAGGAAACGUGGCUUAAGGAGUUUAAAAUUGCUUGAGUUAUGUACAUACAAAGCCAGUCACAGCUGCUCUAUUUCAAGUAUUUUUCAAUGAGAAUUCUCUCUCCUCCUUCCUGUUUUUUGUUAUUACUACUUUUGGAUGAGCAGCUGAGUAAACUAAGGUAAUUCAAUUGUUGUGUCUGUUUCAAAAUUGUCAUCAAUUAUUUGUUUUCCUCAAGGUUAAUUACCAGAAGAACACACCUAAAAACUGAAAAAGCAGAACUGAAAAAUUGCUACUCCACACCAUUAUUUAACAAAUUGUAAAAAGAACAGUGCUGAUGUUUUAGGUGAACAGUUUAAGAACACCAAUAUUCACAAAUGAAUAGGCGAAGAUGACCAUUUGGCUCGUCUAACAGCCUCCUAGAUGACUUAGGCUAGAGAUACCUCAUAUUGAUUGCUACUCAACAUGCACACAAUUUUUAAGAAAAGACUGAUAAAAUUUUUCUUCCCAAGACUCCCAAGAUACAAAUAAAUAAAUAAAUAUGAAGACAUCAUGCCUUCCCCCAGCAACACUUACUCCCAUACAAUUAAGGUGACCUUGUCAGCAGAAAGGGAACAUGCGUUCCAAAUUACUACAAACUUCAUCUUUGCCUUGUUUAUGCUUUAUUGUUUGAGUUGAUACAAAUCUGAUACUCACUACAACCAAAGUUAGUAUUUACUACUCCUGGAAAAGGUCAGUUAGGAGCUGCAAGUUAUAUGUGAUCUUUGACCUUUUCCUUCUGCAGUGCUCGUUUGUAUCCAGAUGAAAUGCAACAAUGACUUCUAUGGAAGCAACCAAAGUCAGUUCAUCUUAAAAACACAGAGAUGCCGUUCUUCUGACCUCCAGCACAACACACCAUAACUCUUAACAGACCAUUUUUCAGUAAAAACACACUCAUGCUGACUCAAAUGGCUGGAGAUUUUAAGUUGUGAAAUUCAAUAAACAAUGCUUAAAUGAAGAAGCAUCUGGCAUCAUUUACAUCACCGCUAUCAAAAAUUAUUUAUUAAAAAUAAGUUAUUUUAAGGAUUUAAAAUAGUUUCUGUAAGAAUGUAACAAUACAACAGAUAUUGUUAACUUGAAAAAUUUAUAAAUGUUUUUCCUUCUAGAUUAUAGAAUUAGCACACACAUUCAAACCUAGUUUUGUAUUAAAACAGCUGCAACUGUGAAAAAGUUGCUAGAGUCUGCCCUGACAAAGAAUUGAGAGGUGGGGCUUCAGAGUUAAAACACAAUGCAAGAGAAGAGUUAGUACACAGCCUGACCCAUCACUCGCACAUCAACCAAACAGCCAAUGCAGUAUUUUCUUUCUGAAUACAACAUAACGUUUAUACUCAGAGGGGAAAAAGAAAGCCUUACUGUAAAAUGAAAUGGAUUUUCAUAAAUACUGAGUACCACCUCGUAACUUUUGCCAUUACAUACGUGACAUAACAUACACACAACUUUCUGAAGGACUAUAAAAGGUGCUAUUUCUUAUGCAUUUGGACAACAGCAGCACAAGGAACUCAUACGUUCAUCGCACAAUGGCUGUUCUGUGUCAGGAACAUGCAAAAUGAAAGUAGUCAAGACAAAUGACCCACGUGGGCAAUCUGGCUAUGUCUGCUCUGGAACUGAACCAAAAAAAUAAAAUCACAACAACCUGGAGCUCUAGGCUUUGAUCUCCCUCAGCCUGAGCAUCUUAUAGUCUCUUAUUUUUUGUAAUCAGUACAAGCCCAGCUGGUAUUCAGCUGCCUACAGAUCCAGUCCCGACUGCAGCAACAGCUUCAGGACCUUCCAAACAGGGCUUUGGGCCCCGUUGUCUGAUCAAUACUGACAACACAGCAUUCUCAAAACAUUAAAUGAAACCCACAUAGGCUGGUGAAUGAAAUACAUAGCACAGGGACUGAUCAUAUGACAAAACAAAACACAUCUCAGAUCACGCUACAGAACACGCAUGCACCAAAGGUCCUCACCUUCCAGCAACAGCAACUGGGUCAUCCCAUCACGCGUGGAUACUGCAGAUAAGCACAGCUUUACACAGCAGUAUAGGUUAUUGCUGUACCUUCAAAAUCCACAGUUGAUGAUUUUUUUUUGCCCCCCCCCCCCCCCUUCCUUUUUUUUUGGCAUCCAUCUAAUCCUU